UGUUUGCUUAUUUCCAGGAAUUACUUCAUGAUUUUCGUUCGAGAGAUGAAUGCCAAUGAGGAGUUGAACAAAAAGUCGAAAAAAGCUUGUCAGAAAAUCUCGGAAAAUUUACACUUCAUCGCAAAUGAUCCAUCAAUAGCGCUUUUCCGUUUGCAAGAACAUGUGAUCAAGUCUUAUCCUCAAGUAGUCGGCCGGAGAUUGGCGAGUGCUGAUUUGGACGACAAGCUGCAAGGAGCUUUUUUUGACGCGGAAUAUGCUUUGGAUGCUGUGAAGACAAUGAAAACAGCGACGCCGAAUUUCGUUUCAUCUCAGCACUGUCUCAAAAAUUCCCUUUUCUUCCAGCAACAACUCCGUCACGAGAAGAAACGAAAAGCUGAAUGGAGUCAGCAUGCCGACUCGGAAUCAACUUGAGUUGAUUUUUUUCCUUGAAUGUUCUUGAUUUUUUGCUGCUGAUCAUUUGUGACGUUCAGCAACAUUUUCAAUUUAUCAUAUGCGGAGUCAAUCUUCGGUUUCUGUGCUCGUCUAGUGAUCAAUGCCCGUACUUUUUCGUCUCCAAACGAGGAGGAAUGAAACGGUCCCAAUCACAAGACCGACAGCAGCAAAGGAGCCGCCCUUCUUCGAUGUACCAAAGGCUUUCUGCUCUUUCGGUGGAGCUCGAUCUUCCAGAUUUGACUCUUGCGAAUGUUGGUGAAAUUCCUGAUGCUCUACGUCGGCGAGCAUCUCGAGCGUAUGAUCGAAUAACUUCGAAUGCAUCUACGCAAAAUUCCGUGGAUGCUGCUGAAGCCGUUGUUGAGGCAAAAGCGGGGAAGACGAAGUCCGAGAAGGGUGUCGUUAUGGAAGGAGAAGAUGAUUAAAAUCCGUUCUAUUUUGUGGACGGAAAAUAAGGUGUGCGAAAUGGCGGAAACUGAGGGUCAGGUGAUUACCUGCAGAGCCGCGGUUGCGUGGGAGGCGAAAAAGCCGCUGAAAAUUGAGAUGAUCCAAGUGGCUCCUCCGGAAGCAGGAGAGGUCCGCAUUCGCUUGUAUGCAACCGGAGUAUGCCAUACGGAUGCUUACACACUCGACGGACACGAUCCCGAAGGCAUUUUCCCGUCUGUCCUGGGCCACGAAGGAGCCGGAAUAGUGGAAAGCGUCGGGGAAGGCGUCACUUCUGUCCAACGCGGCGAUCACGUGAUCCCGCUGUACAUUCCCCAAUGCGGCGAGUGCAAGUUUUGCCAAAGUUCGAAGACGAAUUUGUGCGGAAAAAUCAGGGCCACUCAGGGCAAGGGGCUGAUGCCGAAUGGCACUUCGAGAUUGUCAUGCAAUGGGGAAACGUUGUUUCACUUCAUGGGAUGUUCCACCUUUUCGGAAUACACCGUAGUCGCUGAGAUUUCGGUCUGCAAGAUUGCAGUUGAGGCUCCUUUGGACAAGGUGUGUUUGCUGGGUUGCGGAAUCAGCACAGGCUAUGGAGCCGCUUUGAACACUGCGCAAGUCGAACCCGGUUCAACUGUUGGAAUAUGGGGGCUUGGAACAGUAGGUCUGGCUGUUGCAAUGGGAGCUCGGAAGGCGGGUGCGAAAAGGAUCAUUGGCAUUGACGUCAAUCCCGACAAGUUUGAAGUAGCUCAAAAGUUUGGUUGCACCGAGUUUCUGAAUCCCAAAGACUUUCCUGGAAGGGACAUUCAAGAUGUUGCGGUGGAAAUGACUGACGGAGGGUUUGAUUAUACGUUCGAAUGUAUUGGGAACGUGCAAACUAUGAGAGCCGCUCUUGAAUCCUGCCACAAAGGCUGGGGAACGUCUGUCAUUAUUGGAGUAGCAGCGGCUGGACAGGAAAUUUCUACUCGUCCGUUCCAACUGGUAACUGGUCGUGUUUGGAAAGGAUCAGCAUUCGGCGGAUGGAAAAGCCGUGAUUCCGUGCCAAAAUUGGUUGAUGAAUAUCUGGCUGCGAAAUUGAUGGUGGACGAAUUUGCGACUCAUUCCAUGCCCUUGGACAAGAUAAAUCAUGGCUUUGACUUGAUGCAUGCUGGGAAAAGUCAAAAUUUGUGUGACGUGAUGCCCGCGAAAUCUAGCAGAGCCAGUGGCGAUGUGCCGUCGCACGAUUGUGUGCUCAAGUUGCUCAUGGCUGGAGAUUCUGGAGUCGGGAAAUCUUCUCUUGUUUACCGAUUUAUAGACAACACGUUCACUCCUACUUUCGUGUCCACGGUUGGAGUGGAUUUCAAGAUCAAAAACGUUUCUGUGAAGCAACGGAAGGUGCGUCUCCAAAUCUGGGACACUGCUGGUCAAGAAAGAUAUCAGUCCAUAACUCCGGCCUACUAUCGUUCUGCAAACGGUGUCGUAAUCGUUUUCGACUUGACCAAUGUGGAUAGUUUCAGUCACGUUACGAGGUGGAUGCAGUUGAUCCAAAAGCACUGUGAUGAUGACGUGGAAGUUUUCCUUGUUGGUAACAAAUGUGACCAGGAGAACCGUAAAGUCCGUCGCGUGGAUGCUGAGAAUUGGGCCCGAAAAAAUCGAAUCCAUUACCUUGAAGUGUCUGCAAAAACUGGUGAAAAUGUCUGCGACACGUUUUUGUGGCUUUCCGAAUGCGCCCUUAGUGCCCAGGCGAAACGCUUGGAAAACGAACGCGCGGCUUUGCUUACGGGCAACGAGACCAAAAAGCUAUCGGCGAAGAACCGGCGACAAGAGUCUACGUGUUAUUCCGCCUUGUGUUACAUUUGA